AUGCUGAGACACGCCAAGCAUGCGGGAAGGCAUGGCGUUCUAUGCCGCAGGCUUACCAUGCCGCGAAGGGGUUGUCCAAAUGCAGGGACUGUUCUGCAAACGGGGAUGGCCGUCGAUGCGAUGCCCCCGCGCAAGCUGACACUUGGCCAGCAGCUGCGGGGGUAUCCCGUAUAUUCUCCAACUUGGACACAGCGGGGUUUCGCCAGCGAGAGUGGUCCGAACCCGAGCGCACCAUCUUCAUCGUCCUCCCAGUCCACAUCAUCUGCAUCCAACAUAUCCAUUUACACGCAGAAGGGCAAGAAGGCCGCAUCCAAGGCCCUCCAUAAGAGUGCCGAGACUCUUCGCUGGUUGGCACGAAGGUUUGCUGUUUUGUGUGCGGCCUUUGCUCGGAACCCUCUCAUCGUCGUAGAAUGGUACGAGGACAUCCGCGAUGCGAUCAAUCACUUUUUGAAGUGGGUCUACACCGGCUUUAAGCUUUUUGGUGCCGAUGUUCGAACGUCCUUCUACCUCACGAAGCGGGUCAUCAAAGGCUAUCCGCUCUCUGUCAAAGAGCGGCGCCUGCUCGUCAGGACGACCAGUGACUGCCUGAAGUUAAUACCCUUCUCCUUCUUCCUCGUGGUGCCUUUCGCCGAACUUGCGCUUCCAUUCUUCCUGCGGCUUUUUCCGAACAUGCUACCAUCAACUUUCUUCGAACAGAAGUACGACAACGCUACGCUGGCUCGAAAGCUGAAAGCCAAGCAGGAGAUGGCCGACUUCUGGCAGCAGGUUGUUGCACAGAGGACACAGGAGCUCUACGAGUCCGAUGAGUAUGCGGACAAGGCGGAAGAAUUGCAAGCCUUCCAGGAGAAGCUCUCAGAAGGCAAAGAGUUCCCGACGCUGAAAGAAAUUCUCCGGUUUGCGAGCGUUUUCAAAAGCGAAAUGCACUUGGAAAACAUGUCCACUCAGCAGCUACAUGCGCUUUCUCAGAUGCUUGGACUACCUACGUCCCGAACAUUCUGGCAAGGACAUGUCGAAGUGCAGCUCAGACACCACAUCACCAACCUCAGGAGGGAGGACAGAGAUCUCUUUUGGGAGGGCAUUGACGGGUUGAAGGCUCAGGAGCUCAUCGAUGUCUGUCGACGCAGAGCAAUUCGCUUUCAUGGGGUCACGGAAGAUGAGAUGCGAGAAAGCCUGAACCGCUGGCUACGGCUUUCGGCAACCCACCGGCAAAUCCCGACAUCCAUGCUGUUGUGGAUCCAGUCCUUCUACCUCAGGGACACUACGGAUCCAGAAGCCGACAGCACCGAAGACUUGAAACUCAAGAUGCAGGAGAAGGAAAUCAUUGAAAAGCCUGAAGAUGCCUUCCUCAGCUGGGCCGAAAGGCAAAAG